UCCAUAAUGGACGCGCGCACGAACAGUGGAUGCUCUGCUCGAGCGACGAAAAAAGCGCAAGAAAAGGCUAAAGUAAUUCAGCGCGAGACACAGGAACAGACAGCAAAAGCGAUAUCCAGGAUCCUGCAUAAGUGUGAGACUGAGCGGACGCAAGAGGAGCACUCGCUGCUGCAGGAGCAUCCAGACACUGUGCAGGAGCUGAGCAGAAGGCAGACAAGAAGACACCUGCUGAAGAGAAAACAAGAGGAGGUCUUCGAUGAUGCUGAAAACCUGAAGACUAAAGUGAAGGAUCUGGCGAAAGCAAUGCAGCAGGCCCAGCAUGUGGUCAUUUACACUGGAGCAGGAAUCAGCACUGCCGCUUCUAUCCCGGAUUAUCGUGGGCCGAAUGGUGUGUGGACUCAGCUGCAGAAGGGCCGAUCGGUCAGUACAUCAGACCUGAGUCGAGCUGAGCCCACACUCACACACAUGUCCAUCUGGAUGCUACACAAAGUAAAGAUGGUUCAGCAUGUGGUCUCACAGAACUGUGAUGGUCUUCACCUACGCAGCGGCUUGCCCAGAAACAGUCUCUCUGAACUCCACGGGAACAUGUUCAUCGAGGUUUGUGUUUCCUGUUCUCCGGCACAAGAGUUUAUCAGAUUGUUUGACGUCACGGAGCGUACAGCUCUGCACAGACAUUGGACUGGACGUCUGUGUCCACACUGCAGAUCUGAGCUCAGAGACACAAUAGUGCAUUUUGGUGAACGUGGCACACUUGAACAACCUCUUAACUGGAAGGGAGCGUCAGAGGCCGCACAACAGGCUGACGUGAUCCUCUGUUUGGGCUCCAGUUUGAAGGUUCUUAAGAAGUACUCCUGCUUGUGGUGCAUGAACAGACCAGCCAAUAAAAGACCACAGCUGUUCAUUGUAAAUCUGCAGUGGACACCGAAAGAUAAUCUGGCUACUCUUAAAAUUCAUGGGAAGUGUGAUGCUGUGAUGCGUCUUCUCAUGGAGGAGCUGGGUUUAGAGAUUCCAGUCUACAACAGAUCACAAGACCCCAUAUUCAGCUUUGGAACACCACUCAGUGCAGAAGAGAAGGACAGUCACACUCGCAAAGAAAUUGCACCUUUUUCUGCACUGGAGGAUAUUUCACAAGACCCACAGGCCCAAACUGAAGCCACACCGCUUCAAGGGGGUUGGUUUGGAAAAGGUUACUCUAAAGCCAGAAGGAAAAAGAAGACCAUAUAGUUCAUCUAAUGGAGAAGAGGUGUCGCUGCUGCUCAAAUGACCAUUUUGGGUCAGGACGCUCUGGUUAAAUGUUUCUGAUAGGCCAUUACUGGUGUAGGUGUGAGGUUGGGUGUAUGGGCGAGAAAAUUUCAUUUAGCUUGAAGAGGUUUUAGGAAGUCUUCUUUACGAUGAUGUUUUGCUAUGUGCACUUUAACUUUUAACUCUCAGGUUUUUCCAGUUAGCAAUACAUGAGUCAUAUGGCAGUGGUCAACCACCACAUUGAUAAGAUUUAAAGACCAAAGUGUCAUUUAUGUGAAUCAAAAAAAUACGUUCAUGCCACUCCAAACAUUUUUUUAAAGGAACUAUGGGCUGCAAAACUAAAAAAUAUCAAAAAGUGCAGUAGAAGGAACAUAAAAUUUGUACAAUUUAUGCAUCAUAUUAAAAGACUUGAUGUAAUAAACAACUUUUAUUUUUCACAGCAGUUAUUGAAUAUAGUUCAUGUCUUAUAGACUUCUUUCCUGACACUUCUGUGCUACUAUUUUGUUAAUGGAACAAUAUCAGGAUUGCUGUUUUGGUGAAACAUAACCUUACAAUAUAGUUAACAUCAAGUUUUGUUACUGGAUUGAGACUUUUUCGUUUUUCAUAUUAUUAAAGGGGAACUCAGCCAGAAAAUGAAAAUUCGGCCGUGAAUUAUGAAAGUCGUUUGACAAACCUAGGGCAUCCGUUCAUCUUUGCAACGCAAAUUAAGAAAAAUGUCUGACUGGCGCCCAUAGACAGCAACGCAACUGACUUUCAAAGCGCAGAUUGUCCGUUGUGUUCCUGUAUAUGGGCGGGAAAAACUCUUAAUUUGCAGUGUGAAGAUGAAUGGAUGUCCUAGGCUUGUCGAACAACUUGAGGGCGAGUAAUUUGUGUAAAUGUAUGGUGUUAUUUUAGCAUGCUACAUUUACAGGACACAAAACUUGGAUUUGUAGAUUUUUGACACCGUGUCUACACCGGACGCGGCGCGAUGCGACAAUAGAACGCAUUAGAACCCAUUAUAAUUUUACAUUUUGCGUCGCAUCACGUCCGGUGUAGAUGCGGUGUUAGACAACUGUGUUUGCACAGCUACAGUAUGGAACCAGAUUUAAACAGUGAGUUAGAUUGUUGUGUAUGUUUCAGAACAGGAUUGCUGAAGUGCCAGUUACUUGAAUCUCCUUGGUUUUGUACUGAUUUCUAUGUUGGAAAUGUGUUUUGUUCCAGUUUAUGUAAGUAUUUUAUUUAAGAAGUUUGUGUCAAUGUCUACAUACUACUGUAAAGAAAACUUUGAGGAUUUACAUGACAUACCUUAUUUAAAAUAAAAGAUGAAUUUUGGUCUUUUCAACA